AUGAGCUCGUCCGCGACGGCCCCCAUCUGCACGGGCCCAACUCACCAUGCCACCGCGCCCAACGGUGGAGUCGAAGACGGAGACGACAACAAGGCGCGCUCGGCGGAGUCGAAGACACGGCUUGGCGGAGUCGAAGGCGCGCUCGGUGGAGUCGAGGCGCACCGGCGACAUCGCGAGCGUGAUGGGGGUAGAACUGGACUCCUACUUGAGCUCUACUGGUGCACACAUGGCGGAUGGAGUGGAGGGCCAUGGCUUCGAGCCUCGAAAGCCACAUCUGCUGUCUAA